AUGGGAGAGGCCGCGAAGGACCAGCCCGAUGCCGGGUUGAAGAGCCUCAAUCACUAUUCGAUCCGUCUGCCCCUCUGGCGCUACUGGCCCCGACAAAAACUACUGCCUCUGAUCCGAUAUGAGACCCCGUAUCUGGCCUGGGCGCAGGAAAAGGUCCGCACACCUGCGCUCGACUCCUACUUUGCCUUUACGGCCAAUUUGGGAACUCACACGUUUUUCAUGGUUUUCCUGCCCUUCCUCUUCUGGUGCGGGUCGAAUGAUUUGGGUCGAGGACUGGUGCGCAUCCUAGCCGCAGGCGUCUUUCUCAGUGGGUUUGUCAAAGACUUGCUCUGUCUUCCUCGGCCUCUGUCUCCGCCGCUGCAGCGUAUUACCAUGUCCGGAUCCGCAGCGCUGGAAUACGGGUUCCCCUCCACCCAUUCGACAAACGCCGUCUCCGUCGCCGUAUACGCGUUAUCUUUACUGCAUUCGCCGGACUCGACUCUUAGCACGCAAACCGCUCUCCUUCUUCAAGUGAUCACUUAUCUCUACGUCACGUCCAUUGUCUUGGGUCGGUUAUACUGCGGGAUGCAUGGGUUCUUUGAUGUGAUUAUCGGUUGCAUCAUGGGUACGGCAAUCGGUCUCGCACAAUUUUAUUAUGGGUUCGAGUACGACGAGUAUAUCUUGUCCGCGUCGUGGACACAGAUACUAUUCAUCACCAUUGUGGUUCUCACGAUGGUCCGCAUCCACCCGGAGCCAGCGGACGACUGUCCAUGCUUUGAUGAUAGUGUCGCUUUCGCAGGCGUGGAACUUGGUGUCACCGUGGCUUCCUGGAGGUUCGCCAAAUCCAGCAUCGCCUGGGCGGACGGCUCGAUCCCAUAUCGGUUCGAUGAAUUGGGGUUGAUCAAGACUGUUGCUCGUCUGGUCUUGGGCGUGCUGUGUGUUUUUGCUUGGCGAGAGACCAUGAAGCCUUCUCUGCUGCGCAUGCUGCCUCCUCUCUUCCGCAGCUUGGAGAAACUUGGACUUCUUCUGCCCCGUCGUUUCUUCACCACUGCCUCGAAAUACACGACCAUCCCUUCACAUUUGAAAGAUCAUGACGUGCUCCCUAGUUUCUCUGACAUCCCAUCCAUCCUCACCACCAUGCGUCAUCCUCGCCGUCGAGCGGUCUCAGUCGGCCCGCAGUCUGAAGCCGAUGCCUAUGAAACCUUGGCAUACCGCCGGAAACGCCGACGCGAGAGCGCAUCGAGUGACCGCCGUCCCUCCCCAGCAGCAGACAGCGAUCGCAAACCUAACGGAGUUGCCGUCGCAUCUUCGAAACAAUCCAAACUAGACGAAUACGAGCACAUGAUGGGCACUGGCAGCCCGCACGUUUCUGCGGUCGACGCGGACUCCCGCCUCCGGGUGUCGCCAUUACCGUCCCCGCAAUAUGACGAAAAGUUCGACGAGAAGGAGGUGUUCUCGCAGAUCAAAAAGCCUCGGGUGCGUUACGAUGUUGAAGUGGUGACCAAACUGAUCGUAUACACCGGUAAGCAGCCCGAUCCAAUCCCCCCUAUCUUGGUCCAACGCAGCCACUCACUGUUUGUCUUUCUUCCAGGGAUUGCCUACGUUGUAAUCGAUGUCGUUCCCUUCAUAUUUGAGAGAGUGGGACUCGGUGGGGAGCCUCAGUUACGGCUCUUGUCCUGGCUUCUUUCUUGUCAGUGUUUCAAUGAUGGACAUGAAACCUUCCACUUUUCCUCUGCUCCACACCUCCCUCCUCACUUUACUUUCCUUGUCCCGUAUCUCUCCUUCCGCUUCCAUCGCGACACACCCUUGAGCUCGCGCCUCUUGCGUUCUUCAUCCACGACACCGGCAACCCCCCGCAGAAAUAUCAGUAUGGGGGGGUUCUUCUGGCGACGAAAGUCGCAGGCUCCUCCGAAACAGGAACCCGAGCUCCCGCCUCAGCCGCAGUCGCAGUCGCCAUUUGGCGCAUUUGCAAGUUGGCAGGCUGCUCAAUCCCCCGCAGCUACCCAAUACUCCGAUGUUUCAGAUGACCACCGCACACCUCCGAUCCCGGGCGCAUUCCCAGAAUCGCCUCCCUCAUCGCCCACCCUUGCACGCAGCGAUCGCCGCGAAGAAGUUGAUGGUUUAAUUGACAGGGAGGAUGGUGUUCAUAUGGGAGAACUCACUUCUGCGCUCCCCGAAGUAUUCACAACUCCUGAGCUCCCAACGGAACUCGGACAACAUCUGCAUCCGCGCAGACCAAGACAUCUCACUCCUACGCCCACACGAGUCAGACGCGUGCAUCCAGUCACACCACCUCAUCUAGUCCUGGAAGAUGAAAUUCCUGUGGAUGAUCCGUGGAGUGAGCAGUCGAGGGCGUAUGAGAGGCUGCCUUUCGGGCGACCUGUUUCUGCUGUGCACCUUUUCUACCCUGAACGGAGACCCAUUCCAUCAGGUCGGAUUGAAUCUGUCUUCACAUCACAAUGGCAAAGGCUGGAGAAAGAAAGAAAAGCCCAGGAGCGUGAUCUGCGCCUCCCCACAAGAAUCAUCCCGAAAGGGCUUGCAGUACGCCCACUCUCUUGGGAGUGGCUAAAUCGCGUGUCACAAGAGAUGAAAAAGCCGAACAACCACAAGGUUGCAAUGUCGCUUUCUGGGGAUCCAAUAUCCCGCCGAGAUAUCGCAACGUGCGUUACGCCUCUUGAGUGGCUAAACGACGAGAUCAUCAACGCCUACAUCGCCUUGAUUAUCGAUUAUCUUCGCGGCUCGACAGGCCACACCGGCCAUCAAGAUCCACCUCGCUACCAUGCCUUUAAUUCGUUCUUCUAUUCUAGUCUUCGGGACAAGGGAUAUCAAGGUGUCCGGCGAUGGGCCAAUCGUGCCAAGAUUGGCGGCGAAAGGCUCUUAGACGUGGAUACGGUCUUUGUUCCUGUUCACCAAUCAAGCCACUGGACCUUACUGGUCGUUAGACCGGGAGAACGCACAGUCGAAUAUUUCGACUCGUUGGGUGCUCGCGGCGCGGCUCAGUUCAAAGUCAUAAAGGAGUGGCUGCGCGGCGAGUUGGGUGCCCGAUUUGACGAGGAAGAAUGGACUUUACUCCCAUCGAGAUCAUCGGCGCAGGAUAACGGAAGUGACUGUGGCGCAUUUCUCCUCUCGAAUGCAAAGGCAGUCGCCAUCGGUAUCGACCCCCGCGCCUUUAGUGCGGCCGACAUCAACAUGCUCCGCAAGAAGAUUGUGGCCGAGCUCAUCAACGGAGGACUGCGGGACGAGUUUGAUCCGGUCGAGAAGACGGGUAUUGCACUUCUUUGA